UUAAUUGAAGACAGAAUCUAGCCGAUGCCCGCGAUUCACUUUGCCAGAAACUUGGCUAUUUCUCUUUCAAAAACUCCAACUAAAUUAAUCCAUCGUACUUUUUGUGUCACCCAAUUUGAUUUUCAACCUGGGUUUUCCACAUUUCAACGAUCAAACUUCAGCAUUAAUGAAUCCCAGCUUUUCGGUUGUUUGGUUAAUGGAAAAUUACAGCUUGCACGCCAACUGCUCGACGAAAUGCCCCACAGAAGAAAUCAGUCUUCAGUUGUUACAUGGACGUCUCUGCUCACUAAAUUCUCUAAAAGGGGUCUUCUUGAUGAGGCUCGGACUUUGUUUGAUAUCAUGCCAGAGAGAAAUGUUGUUACUUGGAAUGCUAUGCUUUCUGGGUAUGUGCAGAGUGGUAGGAUUAGUGAGGCUUGUAAGUUUUUCGAGGCGAUGCCGGUGAAGAAUGUAGUGUCAUGGACAUCAUUGCUUUGUGGGUUGAUGAGCUCUGGGAUGGUUGAGGAAGGAAAGGCACUUUUCGUGGCGAUGCCGGAGAGGAAUGUUGUUAGUUGGAAUUCAAUGAUUGUUGGGUUGGUAAAGAAUGGGGAUUUGGAGGGGGGAAAAUUGAUGUUUGAGGCAAUGCCAAUUCGGGAUUCCGUUUCUUGGAAUGCAAUGAUUAAUGGGUAUGCAGAGAAUGGUAUGAUGGAGAAAGCCAGGGUGUUAUUUGAUCAAAUGGUGGAUAAGGAAGUAAAUGUAAUUACAUGGACUACAUUGAUAUCUGGGCAUUGCAGGGCUGGAGAAGUGUGGAUUGCCUAUGAUUUGUUUCGUCGAAUGCCUGGAAAGAAUGUUGUUUCUUGGACAGCUAUGGUUGGUGGAUUUUCUUGGAAUUCUUACUAUGAAGAAGCUAUAUUGCUAGCUCUUGAAAUGAGGAGGGUUGGUGUGAAACUGCACGAAGAGACCUGUAUUUCACUAGCUUAUGCCUGUGCUGGGAUUGGUUACCCUCGACUUGGUAUGCAGCUACAUGCUUUAAUGAUCACCAACAGUUAUGAAUACCAUGAUCAUAGUGGACGGCUUUUAAAUAGUCUGAUCUAUAUGUAUUCUAGAUAUGGCUUGAUGGAGUAUGCUCACUCUAUCUUUGAGAACAAAAAGUAUUGGACAACACAAUCCUGUAAUGCUUUGAUUAGUGGUUACAUUCAGAUUGGAAAAUUGGACAAGGCUGAGUAUAUCUUUAAGAUUAUGCCUAUCCAUGAUAAAAUUUCAGUGACUUCCAUGAUCAGCGGGUAUUUUGAUGCUGGACAAGUAGCCAAGGCGUAUGAACUGUUUAAUAACAUGACUGACAAGGAUGACAUUGCGUGGACUGUAAUGAUAUCCGGGUGUGUCCAAAAUGAGUUGUUUCUAGAAGCUAUGUGUUUAUUCUCAGAAAUGUGGAUAGAAGGUGUAAUACCUAUACAGUCUACGUACUCCGCUCUUCUUGGAGCAGCUGGUGCAGCAGCUCACCUGGAUCAAGGCAGGCUGUUGCAUUGCUUAUUGAUUAAAACAAAAAUGAAUGUGGACUUAAUCCUUGGAAAUUCGCUGAUCUCAAUGUAUGGAAAAUGUGGUCAAGUUUGUGAUGCAUACCAAAUGUUCUCAAGCAUGGCUUGCCAUGAUUUAGUUUCUUGGAAUUCCAUGAUUAUGAGUUUCUCGUUUCAUGGACUAGCAUGUGAAGCUUUAUCACUAUUUGAUAACAUGAUAAAAGAAAAGAUAAAACCAAAUUCUGUUACUUUCCUAGGCGUUUUGUCAGCAUGCAGCCACACAGGAUUGAUGAAAGAAGGUUGGCUUUUCUACAGGGCCAUGAAAGAGGAUUAUGGAAUUCAACCUGAUGUGGAACACUAUAUAUGUAUGAUCAACCUCCUAGGACGUGCUGGGAAAGUUGAGGAAGCUGAACAAUUUGUGUUGAGUUUACCUCCUGAGCAAGGCGUUGCUGUUUGGGGUGCAUUGCUAGGUGUAUGUGGAGUUAAUGAGGGAAAUGCCAUUGUUACUGGCCGUAAUUUCCAGCGACUCCUUGAGCUAGAUCCUACAAAUGCAGCAGCUCACAUUGUUCGCUGCAACAUGCUUGCCGCAGCUGGCCAGUAUGGAGAAGAGAGACUUCUACGUAAGGAGAUGAGAUCAAACAGGAUGAGAAAGGUUCCUGGAUGUAGUUGGAUAUCAAGUGGGGAAAGAACUCAUGUGUUCCUUUCAGGAGAUGGAGCACAAUCUCGAGGUCAUGAAUUGUAUCGUAACAGAUAAAGUGUUGCACAAUAACAGUUGGAUGAAAGUGUUUGUCUGCAGGAACCUUCAUACAUUCUGGCUUGACUCUGCUAU